AUGAGAAAUGGAGAGAGAGAGAGAGAGAGAGAGAGAGAGAGAGAGAGAGAGAGAGAGAGAGAGAGAGAGAGAGAGAGAGAGAGAGAGAGAGAGAGAGAGAGAGAGAGAGAGAGAGAGAGAGAGAGAGAGAGAGAGAGAGAGAGAGAGAGAGAGAGAGAGAGAGAGAGAGAGAGAGAGAGAGAGAGAGAGAGAGAGAGAGAGAGAGAGAGAGAGAGAGAGAGAGAGAGAGAGAGAGAGAGAAAAGAGGGUGCAUUAGCUCCAUGUGAGAGCGGGAAGCCGAGUGUUUUCCCGUCUCUCCGUGUUCUCGGGACCCGCGCCAGGAAACUCAACACCCGCCAGACUGUCUGGUGACACCGGUCGAGACCAGCCCAACUCUCAGCCUCUCACAACUCUUUGACUCUUUUCUACUUCCAAUAACAAGCCUCUAUAGCUUGUUAGACAAUAGUGGGUUGUGAGUCCCUCCUGAGAUCCAGGGUUAAUUUCAACUUGAGAGGCGCCGUGGUAGAUGUGCGCAAUGACCGACAGUCGUUCGGCGGCUGCCUCGUCUGACGGUGGAGGAGAGCGGGAUGUCGGCUGGGAAAGACAGCAACUCGGAUCUCACACUGCCUUGUUUUGUAUUUUUUGGGGGUGUAUUAACUUAUUUAAUGUAUUUUUCUUCGGUGCUUCUCCAACCGAUCGGGCUCGUGGGAUUUACUGAAGCUUCUCCUUUGUUUUUUCCGCUAUCAGUGUGAACUGAGAUCACGCGGUGGAUGCUUGCCUUAAGAAUGACUUCUGGAUGGAAAUGCUUCGUGUUUUUCUUCCUGCUGAGGAGCAUCUUGAUGGAUCCAGGUACAGGUAACCAAGUGGUGCUGCUGGAUACGACCACAGUUCUCGGGGAGCUGGACUGGAGGACUUACCCAGUCAACGGAUGGGAUGCCAUCACAGAGAUGGACGAGGAGAACCGACCAAUCCACACUUUCCAGGUGUGUCAUGUGAUGGAGCCCAACCAGAACAACUGGUUGCGAUCCGGCUGGAUCCUGCGACAUGAAGCCCAGAAGGUGUACGUGGAGCUGCGCUUCACGCUGAGGGACUGUAACUCCAUACCCUGGGUGGCUGGCACCUGUAAGGAGACCUUCAACCUAUUCUACCUGCAAACCAAUGAGCCGCUGCCCACCGCCACCCGCUUCAGACCUGCCGACUACGCCAAGGUAGACACAAUCGCGGCCGACGAGAGCUUUACUCAGUCCGACCUGGGCGACCGUGUGCUCCGUCUCAACACCGAGGUCAGGGAGGUCGGACCCGUGACCCGGAAGGGUUUCUACCUUGCCUUCCAGGACGUGGGUGCCUGCAUCGCCCUGGUGUCCGUCAAGGUGUUCUACAAGCGCUGCCCCUCCACCCUGCGCAACCUGGCUGCCUUCCCCGACACCGUUCCCCGGCUGGACUCCUCGUCGCUGGUGGAGGUUCUGGGCGCGUGCGUGCGGAACGCCGAGGAGCGAGAACCCCCCAAGCUGUACUGCGGGGCGGACGGAGACUGGCUGGUCCCGCUGGGCCGCUGCGUGUGCACCAUCGCGCAUGAGGAGUCGGACGGCUACUGCAGAGCGUGUGAACCAGGCUUCUACAAAGCGUAUGCAAGCAACAUCAAGUGCUCCGAGUGCCCUCCACACAGCUCCAGCCACGACCAGGCGGCCAGCAUCUGUCAUUGUGACAAGGGCUUCUACCGAGCUGCCAAGGACCCUCCCAGCUCCCCCUGCUCCAGGCCCCCAUCCGCCCCGAGGAACCUGGUCUCCUUCAUCAACGACACAGCACUCUUCCUGCAGUGGGCGGCGCCCAGCGACGCGGGCGGAAGGAAGGAUCUUUCCUACAAUGUCCUGUGCCAGCGCUGCAAAGGUAACCACGGCGAUGGGGCACCGUGCGAGCCAUGUGAAGCGGACCUGCGCUUCAUCCCUCGGCCGCUGGGGCUCACAGUCACGUCGGUGGCGGUGCUAGACUUCGCGCUGCACGGCAACUACACCUUCCACGUGGAGGCAGUGAACGGUGUGUCCAGUCUCGCCGUGGUGGCGCGCUCGUUGGCCAACAUCACAGUGACGACGCACCAAUCAGGUCCUGCUCUUGUGGGGGUAGUGAAGAGGGACUGGUCUUCUCUGAGCAGUAUCGCCAUCUCCUGGACAGAGGUGGAGCAGCCCCCUGCAGACAUUUUGGACUACGAGGUGAAAUACUACGAGAAGGAGCAGGAGCAGCUGAGCUACUCGUCGACCCGCACCAAGCUGCCUGGUGUUGUGGUGACAGGCCUGAAGCCCGGCACGCUCUACGUGUUCCGCGUCCGUGCCCGCACCGCCGCUGGCUACACAGCUUACUGCCCCAAGUUUGAGUUUGCCACUGUAGAGGAGGACCCUAACGUUGCAGACCAUGGUCAGGUGCUGGUGGUGGUCACGGCAGCAGUGGGGGGCUGCUCCUUACUGGUGGUCCUCACCCUCUUCCUGCUCAUCACAGGACGGUGUCAGGGCUACAUCAAGGCCAGGAUGAAGUCAGAAGAGAAGAGAAGGACCCGUCUGCAGAGCGGCCACGUCCCCUUCUCCGGCAUCAGGACCUAUGUUGACCCUGACACGUACGAAGACCCCACCCAGGCUGUGGAGGAGUUCACCAGGGAGAUAGACCCCUCGCGCAUCCGCAUCGAGCGGGUCAUCGGAACCGGUGAGUUUGGUGAGGUGUGCAGCGGGCGCCUGCAAAUACUGGGGAAGCCAGACGUUGCCGUGGCGAUAAAGACCCUGAAGGGCGGGUACUCGGAGCAGCAGAGACGAGACUUCCUCCGAGAGGCGACCAUCAUGGGCCAGUUCCUGAAUCCCAACAUCAUCCGGCUGGAGGGCGUUGUCACCAGGAGCCGACCGGUGAUGAUCGUCGUGGAGUUCAUGGAAAACGGAGCACUUGACAGCUUCCUUCGGUCACAUGAUGGGCGGUUCACGGUGGUGCAGCUGUCGGGCCUGCUGCGCGGGGUGGCGGAGGGGAUGACCUAUCUGGCUGACAUGGGCUACAUCCACCGCGACCUGGCCGCCCGCAAUGUCCUGGUGGACCAGAACCUGGUCUGCAAGGUGUCAGACUUCGGGAUGUCCCGCAUUGUGGAGGACGACCCCGACUCAGCCUACUCUGCCUCGGGAGGGAAGAUUCCUAUUCGCUGGACGGCUCCCGAGGCAGUGGCCUAUGGGAAGUUCUCUUCGGCGAGCGACGUGUGGAGCUACGGAAUCCUCAUGUGGGAAGUGAUGUCAUACGGCGAGAGGCCCUACUGGGAGAUGUCCAAUCAGGAUGUCAUCCUGUCGAUAGAGGAGGGCUACCGCCUGCCGGCCCCCAUGGGCUGUCCGGUGGCCCUGCACCAGCUCAUGCUGCACUGCUGGCAGAAAGAGCGUCUGCAGCGUCCCCACUUCACCGAUGUGGCAUCCUUUCUGGACAAGCUGAUCCACAACCCCAGUACCCUGCUGGCCCUGGUCAGCCAUGACCACAGCUUCGCGGAGUCCCCAGAAGACAUGAGGGACUACCCUCUGUUUAUCUCCAUCGGUGAUUGGCUGGACUCAAUCCAGAUGAGCCAAUACAAAAGCAACUUCCUGGUGGCUGGCUACACCACGCUGGAUUCUAUUUCCACCAUGUGCAUAGACGACGUCAGACGUAUAGGGGUGUGCCUGAUCGGCCACCAGCGACGCAUCGUCAGCAGCAUCCAGUCUCUCCGCCUGCAGCUCCACCACAUCCAUCAGAGUGGCUUCCAGGUCUGAUCCCCACCGCUCACCACCCACCACCCAGCCCCCCGGGCGCCAGUGACUGGCAGGCAAGACUCUGGCGCUUGUGAUCAACAAAAUACCCAGUAAUCACCCCGACAGUAGCUCCUUGAGGGUAGAGGGCAAGGGUGGCGGUCUUCUGAAACAAGUCUAUCGACUGCUACUCCGUUCUCGCUUUUUCUUUGGACUUCAAUCAGGAAUGGACGGAUAAGUAGCGACCUCUGUUAGCAUAGAUCUUGGGGUUCUUGUUAUUUUACAGAAGACACCUGGCCAGCAGUACCUCUCUCUCUCUCUCUCUCUCUCUCUCUCUCUCUCUCCCCAUCUCCCUCAAGGACAAUCCAACGGUUUCCCUCAACUAUGACUGGGAUCAAACCUGUUACCUCACACCGCGGUAGAAAUAACUUCAGGGUGGCCGGAGGAGUAUUGUGAUGCCGAUCGAUGAACAUUUUUGGUUAUGAAGUUUGGGCAAAUUGUACAUUUCUACGACGGUGAAACACUACCCCCUCAGUGGUGUAGAGGAGAUGGAAACGACAGUGUCAAGGAGCUGAACGUGUAUCUUGAUCUUAUUCAUGUGACAUGUUUUUUUGUUUUUGAGCUGAAGACCAUUGAAUGUUAUGAGAUUUUAUAGAGAUGUAUAUUCUGAAGAUAAUUACAGAGUAUCUGUGUUUUUCGUCUUGUUCAAAGUGUAUAUUUUAUUCAAUAUUCUCAUUCAAUUUAGCCGACAACCCUACCAUUUUCAAAAUUCAAACAUUUCUCUUAGAUUUAGCCUACUGGUAUGGAAGCUCUCUUCAGACCAGAUGGUGAAAGUCCUGGUGAAAUCAGGCCCAGGAUGUUGGUUUACUUCCUGGUUAGCCCUGAUGAGCUGCAGCGUAGCAUUGGUGUCAGGAGGUGAGGACGUUGAUCAUGAUGAAGGAUUAUUAUUCUGAUGAUUAAGACCAUAAUUAUAUUGAUAAAGAUGAAGCGUAUGACUAUAAGGAUAUAGCAUAUGAAUAUAAUGAUAAACAGUAUGAACAUAAUGAUGACGUUUAGAAGUACGAUUUUUAUUAUUUUUAUUUAUAGUUAUGGAGGAUAUAAUUAUAUUAAAGAGUUUGACUAUAAUUAUUAAAAUUAUGAUUAAUAAUGAAGAUUUCUGAUUAAGAUGGUGAUAAAUGAUGAUAAUGAUGAUGAAGAUAAUGAUGAUGAUGAUAUGGCUGUUGGUUGUGGUAAGGACAAUGUGAUGACCUGAAUCCUAAUGGAAGUAAAAAGGAGCACCUUUACACAACAGGAA